GGACUUCACGCUAGCCAUUCUCCGAGUCAACUAGUAUUGCCAUCAUUUUACUUUCUCGUAGUAAACGUAAACAACCUGAGAGCCGUAAGAACGCUUCGGUCGAGUUGCUCUGCUUUCUCCUUCAAUAAGACAGCCUGCCAGGCACAAGGAAGACUAUUGUGGUUGAUCAUUCAGUGACGAGUAUUAUGCAUCGCAAGCACUCACUUGCCGCCACUACUUCAUUGCUACUGUUCCUGCAGUCGACAGCAGCGAUAAUACACGGCUAGUAUGCUGCAAUGAUUGAGUGUGCUUGGAGCAAGUUGCUUCGGGACUUUUUCAUAGUAGGCGCCCGCCGCCUGCACUCUGCCCAACCAGACUGACCGCAUAUCGCAAGAACGCCAGCAACCUCUUGACAACAUGCCUACCACAGCGAUCAUACCUUUCGAUAUUCUGCAGCCUAUUUUCAUACAUUUGCAUGAUCGAAGGCAUCUGAGUGCAGUUGCACUAGUCAGCCGGGCGUUCAAUCACGCUGUAACGCCUCUCUUGUACAGGAGGCUUGAUUCACAAGUGAAACGAAAUAUCCUUCACCAUCCCUCCGCAACCCUUCUCAAACGACCAGAAUUGGCACAGUAUGUCUGGCAUGUGACGGAAACAGGCGCAGUGCAGCGCUUGCGACAAGUUAUUCCUCAGAUCACUGAGGAUAUUGUUGCAGCGCUUAGACUUUGCACAAAUCUUACAUCUGCAACUUGGGUAGACGACACGUUGACACCAGAGGCGAAUUUUCUACCCAUACUGGACGUCUUAAUGACAUUACCUUUGCGGGAGCUUACGAUACGCACCCAGUAUGAUCCAGGAGAACGAGUUUGGUCCCGGCUCAAUACUAUUCAGGGCAUUCGUCGCUUAUCAGUGUGGUCUUUGGAGUGGGGCCCCCCGCGUGUACUUCAAGGCUGGGCUGAUUCGCUGAGCUCCUCUCUAACGUACCUUGAACUCGGUCGUUGUGCAGGUGUUCCCGCCACUAUCCUCAUCUCUGUCUUCAUGAAACUUCCUUUUUUACAAGAGCUUUGUCUCAAGGGUGCUCCAAGUGCCGCUAUCCCGGCUAUACUUGCUUGUCUGCCCAAUCUGAUAGCCCUCGACACGGAAUAUCUGGACUCUGGAAAUUACCGCACCCCACUCACAUCGUUACCUCGUUUGCAACGCUUAACAGUUCAAACAGGAUCAGUGGAUAUCGAUGGGCCGCAGAAACUAUGGACAUGGAUGAGGAUACUGCUUCCACACCAACAAACUUUAAAGUCGUUCACGCUAAAUGCAUUUGCAGUGCAUGGCCAAAUAACCAUCCCGCGCCCAUUCAUCGUGAAUCUUACUGGCAGACACGGAAAGUCCCUUCAAGAUUUUGCUGUGGGCGUUGCGCAGUUGACGUUAGAUACUGUAUCAUAUAUGUGCUCAACAUGCCCUCAGCUUGUGACACUCGAAUGCUCCGUGGCGAGUCCAGACGUAGACUCAAUCGCAAAAGCAAUCGAGGCGGGCCACAACCUUCGGACUCUCACGCUUCAUGUCUCUUGGAUCCCUGACGACAGCAGUGAUUUGCUUCCGCAGUUUGAAAAUGAGGGGAAGGCGACUCGUUUUACCGAGGAGCACGCUCGCGCCUUGAUGCUCCAGACACACCUUCGUAGCAUUGGCAUAGGGGAUCAGUCCUACACAGGUCGGUGGGUUCAACGGGGAUGUUCGGCCAAGGUCACACAGGGUGUCGGGAAAGAAGAAAAUGUUGUGCUAGAAGUCGUUGGGGAUCCAUUCGUCUGACACCUCUCAUACUGAAUUCAGAUCAUGUGGGAUAUCACCGAGCCCCCAUCAGCAAACUAAGUACACUGAAGAAAACUGCAGACCAUAAUCAGGUCGCAUCUGGAAGGAAAUGAUAUCUAUAUCAUUGGGUAAGCGGUUGAAACCACCAUCCACCAGAUCCAGUACUCACCACAACGAUAGUCCAAUUCCUCCUGGUCAUUCCACUCACCAUGUUCACACGUAUGAUCAUUCCAUGAGGUCUCGUGAACUUAUGGUGCCAGGAGCCUCCAGAACGCACGAGCGACUUAGUAUAGGUAGUAAGCGACAGCAUGCCGUAGGCAAGACAGUGUAGUUUUCGGGAUAUCACAAACAACAAUUGUUGUUGACUAGGAACAAUCCAGCACAGGGGGGAAACAAGUGACAUCACG